CGGGACGGGACCCGCCCGCGGCACAGAAACUACCCCUGCCCUGAACAUUGAUGGUGGGGACUGGAACGGGAGGCUGCUUGCACACCAAGAUUAUCAUGAAACUCAUUCUUAAAGAAUGCUUCAAUCAAAAACAAAAUUAGAAAGCCCACCUGGCAUUUGCUGUGGUCACAUAGAGGGACCAACAUGUCAUUGAGUCAAAUGAGACCUCAAACUUCACAGCUAUUGGAGCUUCAUGUGUUUUAUGUCCCAGCAGAAGUGUGGAACUUCAAGCGGAAUACAGUUCCUGUAGCUCUUAAAAGCAAAUUUGUGUCAGCUGAACAUUCUAGGGUGUCUUCUCACAUCACAUUAAGAGUGCUGCGGGAGAGGCUUGGAGAGUACCUGGGUGGAGUGACAGUUGCAGAUAAAUUCAGAUUUUUAAAAUGCAUUGGGAAAAAACCAGUAGUGGUGAAAGCAAAGCAGGAAACAGAACUGGAACUGAAGUCAUUUGCUCCUCCUUAUGCACUUCAUCCUGAAUUAUACUUAUUACCUGGAGUGGAAUAUUCUGAAAAUGCUUAUCCUUUGCCAUCAUCACCUCAGCAAAAACAUCACUUUAGUGAAGAAGCUGAUAGGUUUGGUCAUGGAUCAAGAUUAUCCAGCCUUUCCCAACAGAAACCUGAAAAAGGCAAACCAUUUUUACAAAGUAUACGAAGCAGGCAUCAGGUAGAAAAUCUGGAAGUGCCCAGUCCUGUGGAAUGGGGUGAGAAAGAGCCUGUUCCAGUUUCACACACAAACAAUAAGCAAGACAAUAACAACAGUAUUCCAAAAAAACAGUUUGAAGAAAAAGACCAGGAAUCUGGAAUGUGUGACCCUGUAUUACAGACCUCUGAGCAGAAUCAUCUCAGCCAAGAUCAAGAAGACUGCAAUGCUCCUAAGUGGAAUUACAAAGCCACAGGAACUGCUCUUACUCAUGUAAACCACAGUGAUGAGCAAGGCCAGGGUAACAAAAGACCCCAAAAUCACGCUAAAUAUCAAAAAGCAAACAUGGAAAAUAAUGAGCAUCAAAAAGACAAAUUACGAAGAGACAGAACACAGGAUGCUGAAAUUCUUAAAAUAAUGGAAGACCAAACUACAGAUUAUGUCCACAAAAAACAAAGGUUAGCAAAUAAUGCAUCUUCUAAAAUAAUGGAUACUGGUCUUGGUGAAAAACUGGAUAAUCAGGCAGAUGGAAACAAGCAAAAUCAUCUUACUUGUCCAAAAGAGUGUAUUUCAGCUUCUAGUCCACUUUUUUUGGCAUUUACUGUAAAUCCAGCUCAAGUUCCUGUAAUUCAGGCAGCAAAAAACAAGAUGGUAGAACAAUUGCAACAAAUGAAGGAAGACAGAAGACACAUGGAAAAAACUUGAGAAGAACUGAGCAAAAAAGCUAAAGGGCUACUGGAACAAAAUAAGCUGAGGAGAUACUAUGUGCGUGAGGAAUGGAAGAAGAAGUACUUUGAAACCAAGAAAGCUACAGUUUCACUGGAGGAACUUAACAAACUGCAACAAGAUUUAGAGCUUUAUCACCAGAAAUUGUUCUUGCAAUUGGAAACCAGGGAUAGUCAAAAACGACCAAACAAAACAACCUCCAAGGUUUGUUGUUGUUUCACACGGAAUUACACAAUCAUCCGGAUUGCUACAGUGCAGCAUGAACUCCAUCAACUGAGGAGGAAACUAGAUGAUACAAAAAUGAGACUCCUAAUAGAAAUUAAGUUACUAAAGCAGGCAGCAUCUGAUUUAUGAGCACUGAGAGUGGAACUGACACAGAAGAAGAUUCAUUCUGCUUUAAUUCUUCAGUCCAGAAAAUCAGAAAUUUAAGAUGACAUGACUAAUAUCUGUGAAGGAUACAGCAGCUCUCUAGUGUAUAUAGAAAAGAAUUUCAGAGUAUUUGCUUGUAUGUUCUUGAAUUUACUUUGUAAAAUAUAUUAACUGUAUAAAUGUUGUGGAAUUUGUAUACUAGGCUACUGAGUUAAUGCAGCUCACUUAUUUUAAAAUUUCACUUACUGUAAGAUUAGUCAGCUACUUAUACAGUGUAAACUAGUAACAUGUCUAAAAUUAAGCUGCUAUUUUUAAAGUGCAAAUUAAUUAAUUGUGUAACAUCCCAGUGCUAUGCAGAUGUUCUUUGAUUAACUACAUAGCUACUAAGAAAUAAACCUAAAAUCUGUAACCUCCUGUUCUUAUUUUCAGUCUCCCACAUUCUAUUUCAUAGAAAUUAUUAAAAUAGUUUCUGUUGAACUACAA